AUGAUGGCUAUAAGAAAUAUGCUCCGAAAAAUAAUUAUAAAACAUGGAAAAGUCGCAAAUGCCGUGUGGGUUCCUAAGCGAUUUAUAAACAUGAACCCUACGGGGAAUGAAGAAAAGGUAACGCAGGAAAGGAACAAAAGGGAUUACAUAUUAUCGCUGGAUGAAGCAUUAUAUUUGUCCAAAGAAAUGGGGAUCAAGACGACCACGGAGAUUCAAAAAAUUAUAAUGAGAUCCCCCCCUUUUUCGCCUGACAUGAGCCCAUUCCUCAUUGAUAAUUUUCUGUCUAGUGCGAAUAAGGAUAGGCAUUCCGAUGAGAUAGAUCAAAUUGAUCUGAAAUUGAAAGAGUUACAGGAAAGGGAUAGUAACCCUGAAGAAAGUGAACAAGGAGAAGACGAAGGCGCUGUGGAAAACAGUAAAAUAAAUAUCUCUCAUGAUCGUGAGGAAAAUAUUAUUAACAAAAUUCUUAUUGAUAAAUUUAAUAAAAAAAGGGGAAAGACAUUUAUCCAUAAUGAUAUGGAAUGGUUGGAAGAGUCAGAAGGAAUUGGCACGAACAAAAGGUCGUGUGCUUAUGUUUAUAUAAAAAGAGGCAGUGGUAUUGUUAAAGUAAAUGAUGAAGAAGAUCUAUACAUUAGAUGGCCUUAUUUUUAUAAUCGAAUGGACGUUCUGGAACCCUUUUAUGUGACCAACACUUCCUGUGUUUUUGAUGUGUUUAUAAAAUUGAAAGGUGGUGGAAUCAGUGGGCAAUCAAAAGCAGCUAGGUUGGCCAUAGGACGAGCUCUACUCAACGCUUGUCCUCUCAUUUAUGAUGAUCUUCAACAACACCACAUUCUGUAUGAAGAUAUGAGGCAGAAAUUUCCAAAAAUGCCAGGACGGAAAAAAUCAAGAGCUAUGAAGCAGUGGUCCAAGAGGUGA